AUGAUUUUAAACGUGGGCCAAACCAUUGGCCCAGCCCACCUUGAGAUCCAUAAAUCAAACCCGAGGCCCAGCCCACCUUGACCCGCCAAAUCCAACGACGUCGUAUUAGAGAAUCAGAUUUUUAGCUUUCCGCUAGCUUGGGAAAAAAGCUUUCGUUUUUCCUCUUCUAAUAAAUCCAUCGCAGUAGCCCACUAUAGUCUGAUUCUGAUAUACACAAAGGUAGAAGGAAGACCCAGAAAGCCCUAAGCAGAGAAGAAGAGACAGAAGCUCAGAAAUCGAAGCAUUUCAAACAUGAGUCGUGGAAGUGGAGGCGGAUAUGAUCGUCACAUCACGAUUUUCUCGCCGGAAGGCCGUCUAUUUCAAGUCGAGUAUGCAUUUAAGGCUGUUAAGGCUGCUGGGAUCACCUCAAUUGGUGUCCGGGGAAAGGAUUCCGUAUGUGUUGUGACUCAGAAGAAAGUCCCGGACAAGCUUUUGGAUCAGACAAGUGUCACACAUCUUUUCCCCAUCACAAAGUUCCUAGGGUUGCUGGCUACUGGCAUGACAGCUGAUGCAAGGACCCUAGUUCAGCAAGCAAGGAAUGAAGCAGCUGAGUUUCGAUUCAAAUAUGGAUACGAGAUGCCGGUAGACGUACUGGCUAGAUGGAUUGCAGACAAAUCACAAAUCUAUACUCAACAUGCUUAUAUGAGACCCCUUGGAGUAGUUGCUAUGGUUUUGGGUAUUGAUGAAGAGUUCGGACCUCAACUCUAUAAGUGUGACCCAGCUGGCCAUUACUUUGGUCACAAGGCCACAAGUGCUGGAUUGAAAGAACAAGAGGCAAUCAAUUUCUUGGAGAAGAAAAUGAAGAAUGAUCCAUUAUUUACCUAUGACGAGACUGUGCAGACUGCAAUUUCUGCCCUGCAAUCAGUUCUGCAAGAGGAUUUCAAGGCCAAUGAAAUUGAGGUUGGAGUGGUGGUAAAGGAGAAUCCUGUCUUUAGAGUGUUGUCGACCGACGAGAUUGAUGAGCACUUGACUGCUAUAAGCGAGCGAGACUGAGUCCUUGGGAAACCUGAUACUGUCUGGGGCAAUGUUUGGAUUUGAUAAAAUGCUGGACAUUUUUCUUUCCCUUUUGGAGUGUCAUAUGUUAACUUAAAUCCUUUAGCAAGUGCCUUCUGUAACUUUUGUUAGUUGAAGUUGCUGUUGUUGAAUUAUUGAAUGAUUGUCAACUUCAUAUGUUUUCAUGAUUUGUAUCCUUUUCCAGAAAGGUGUAGUUGAGUUGAUAAACUUGAAACCUCAAAAUUCCUUUUGGUCU